GGGCAUACAUUUCAUAAGAACGGUGUUUGGAGUGUUGUAAACAUGGCUUUUAAAAUUACCUGCUUAGUGUUGGCCUUAGCCGUAGCUGCUAACUGUAUCCCAUAUGGUGGGUACGGCGGUGGCCACGGCGGCGGCAACGGUGGUGGCAACAGUGGCUUUGGGGGCCAAGGAUCCUCUGGAGGUCACUCCCAGGACUUUGGACCUAGCGGGGGCUUUGGACAACCAACUGGACAACAAGGAGGUUUUGGAUCUAGCGGAGGCCAUCAAGGAGGUUUUGGAUCUGGUGGUGGUCACCAAGGAGGUUUUGGAUCUGGAGGAAGCCACCAAGGAGGUUUUGGAUCUGGUGCAGGUCAUCAAGGAGGAUUUGGCCCAGGAAAUACCCAACAAGGCGGAUUUGGAUCUUCAGGGUUCGGAACCGGUGGACAAGGCUUUGACCAAGGUUUUGGAGUCCCCGGCCAUCAGAACUCUGGUUUCAGCGGAUCGUCUCCCAGUGGCGGUUUUGGCAGCGGCGGGCACGGCAGUCAGGGCAGCCAUCAUGGCGGAUAUGGCUCUCACCACGGCGGUUACCAGGAACACGGAUAUUAGAUUGCUUGUUGAAUGA